AUGCCUGUUGUCAAAGGAGGUGUGUGGACCAAUAUCGAAGACGAAAUUCUGAAAGCAUCCGUGUCGAAGUAUGGGUUAAAUCAGUGGGCGCGAGUUUCUUCGUUGCUCGCGCGAAAGACGCCGAAACAAUGCAAGGCAAGAUGGACAGAAUGGUUAGACCCAGGCAUCCGGAAAAUAGAAUGGUCUAAGGAAGAAGAUGAAAAGUUAUUACACCUGGCGAAGUUGAUGCCCACGCAAUGGCGAACAAUUGCACCGGUCGUCGGACGAACUGCCACUCAGUGCCUCGAACGUUAUCAGAAACUGCUCGAUGAAGCUGAAGCGCGGGAGAACGAUGAAUUGGGCCUGGGUGGACCAGAAGGAGGAGAGACCGCUGCGCCUACAGGAGAUCAAGUCCGAAGACUGCGACCUGGAGAACUUGACCCAGACCCCGAAUCCAAACCUGCAUGGCCGGAUACGAUCGAUCUCGACGAAGAUGAAAAAGAAAUGCUCAGCGAAGCUCGUGCCCGUCUGGCUAAUACACAAGGAAAGAAAGCAAAGCGGAAGGCGCGCGAAAGACAGCUGGAAGAGUCAAGACGCCUUGCUGUGCUACAGAAGAGACGGGAGCUCAAAAAUGCAGGCAUUAAUAUCAAGAUUAUCACCCGAAAGAAGGGCGAGAUGGACUACAAUGCCGAUAUUCCGUUCGAAAAGCAGGCAGCGCCCGGCUUCUACGAUACGCAGGCGGAACAGGCCAAGAAUGAGCGUGAGCGAGAAAUGUUCGAUCCACGAAAGCAACAGUUAGCACGAAAGAGACAAGGGGAUCCAGAAGAGAAUGUGGAUCCAAAACGGCAGAAACAGGACAAGAACAAACCCUCGGCUGCCUUUAUCGCGGCGGCAAAGGCAGGACAAAUGCAACGAAUACGUGAAGCCGAACAGCGAAGCAAGCGCAGAGCAUUAAACCUCCCGGCCCCUCAAGUUAGUGAAAGCGAGCUGGAGGAGAUCGUCAAGAUGGGAAUGGCUGGUGACAGAGCAGUCAGAGCCGUCGGAGACGACGAAGGAGACGAUCGUGGCCUGGUGUCUAAUUAUCCAAAUGUGAUCAGUGCCACUCCCAUUCGGACUCCUCGUGCACCGGCGCAAGAGGAUCACAUUGCCAAUGAAAUCAGAAAUAUCAGGGCUUUGACCGAAACGCAAUCAUCUUUGCUGGGAGGCGAAAACACGCCUCUACACGAGGGCAGUGCCUCGACCGGAUUCGACGGUAUUGCUCCGCGCAGACAACAAAUGGUUACGCCCAACCCGAUGGCAACGCCAUUCCGUCAAACUGACGCUGAAGGUCAAAUUCCUAGCGCUACGCCACUACGGACUCCUCGCGAUAAUUUGACCAUCAAUGAGAAAGGAGAACGCCAACUAGUAGCGCAAACACCUCGUGAUUUGCGAUCGGCCGAGAAUGCAGCGCGCCAAUCCCUAAGAGCGAAGCUGGCCUCUCUGCCGAAGCCCAAGGAAACAGAAUGGGAACUAGAAGUCUUGCCACCCAAACAAGCCGAGUCAAUUGGCAAGACUGGUCCGGAAAGGGAGGACCAGGAUGAAAUUGACCAACGUGAGCGUGAAGCUCGGGAAGCGGCUGCCGCUGCGGAGUUUCAACGACAAACUCAAGUUUACCGGCGAGCAUUACCCCGACCGACUACCAUCGAUUACAAUUCCCUUGUUUCAGAAGCCACAUCUAUCACCGACCCAAUCAGGGCCAUGAUCGCUCAAGAAGCAGCUCUGCUCAUGGCCAACGAUGCUCGAAAGUUUCCUCUCCCUGGCUCUCGGCUGAUAGGCAAACCCGUCCAGCCGGCUUCAUUAUCAGACGAUCUCUUAACAAAGGCUCGCCAACAACUAGCCGACUCAUGCAACGCAGAUGACCGACAAGCCUACAUUUCCGCCGUGGAGGCCCUCUACGCAUCCUCUGAGCCCGAUGCUCUCCCUCUGAAAUUCACCACAAGCACGACCCCGGCCGAAUACAGCAAAGCGUUCGUAGCUGCGCAGAAAAAUCUCCUCGCCGCCGCAGAAGCAGGCAACAAGCUCGAGAAGAAACUCUCACUACACCUAGGAGGGUAUCAGGCGCGGCAGAAGAUGCUCAAGCAGAAAAUCGCCGGCGUGUACGAGCAGAUCGAGGAGCAGCGAGCACAGCUGGAUGGUUUCCAGACGUUGCAGAUCAGUGAGGAAGGGGCACUGACGAGGAGAUUAGAAAGAUUGAGAGAUGAGGUCGGGUUCGUGAGUCGAAGAGAGCGUGAGGCGCAAGAGGACUAUCGUAGUGCGAAGGAGGAGUUGAGACAACUGGAGGAAAGGAGCGCGGUCAAGAUCAAUGGAGUGAACGGACCCGAGUAUUCUUGA